CCUCUAUAUACACGAAAACUAAUAAGCAGCUCGGAGGAUUAUAUAUCUCGCUUUCGAACUCCAAUUAACACCCAUUAUCCUUUGUCAUGCCAUCCAUUGUUAUUCGAUCACGUUGAUAUAAUAUCCGGUCGUCGGGAGAGGCGUCUGGACGCAUCGCCGCUAUGUCACAAGCGAGAUAUAUUAGCAAAUACAUAUUAUAGCCGGAACGUCAUUGUCAUCAUCACGUUUCCUCGUUCGCGGUUAUGCUUACAAUCCUUGCGAACUUCCUACCCGGCUGAUUAAAAUGUGAUAGUGGUGGGGCCUGGAAGAUAGUCAAUGCCUCGUGGUUCGGUCGCUUUUCAGUGUCGGCCGUUCUCCUCGUCCGGGUUGAUUUCUUCCGUACUUCAUCAACUUUAGUCAAAAGGUCUGCUCCUCGGACGUCAGUUGUCGAGCACAGAUCGACUCGAACGCGACAUUGCGCUUCGUUUCGACGCGAAUCUCUUUCCAUUUAAUCUCGAGAUAUAUAUACUUAUUCGAGAGAUAAUUAUUAAUUAUCGUCUUUUUUUUUCAGCUUUUUGGAUAUUUUAUCGAUAAUAUUCUCUUUUUCUAUUUGAUACGUGAUUGAUUAUUUUUGUUCUAAAGGAAAAGAAAAAUUGGUGUUGAUUUAUUUGUAUUAUUCGUUUUCGUAUCACGUAUACUUGUGAUAUUUUAUCGAUAUUUGGAAAAUAAAGAUUGUGAAAUUUAUCCGUUAUUUUCAUAAAAGUUCUCGCGCGAUUCGACGAAUGGUGUAAACACUGGUAUUGGAGUUUAAUCAGGAAGAGCGAAACUUCAUUUAGCCACGUGCUUCGCUGUGCUUCGUUAGAAAGUUCUUUUCGAUUGGCGAACAGCGAUCGAUCGGCAUAAAGAUGGAAGAGUCUCAAAGAUACGAAGAUCAUACCAUAUAUAAGACACGAUCACCCUGCAGCCUGCAAAAACUGAGAGACAUGGUGCCGGCAAGGGUGGUGCUCUACAUGCUCUCCUUCUCGGGGUUCACGGUCUCGUUCAUGAUGAGGAACGAUAUCAACAUCGCCAUGGUGGCGAUGGUGAAACCCCCAUCCAUGACAUCGGACACCAAUGUCACUGUGACGUCCCAGCAUUGCUACGUGACACCGCCAACGGUUAUCAACAACAGUGCGCCGAUCAAACUUGAGGAUCAAGGGGAAUUUGAUUGGAGUCCAACUAUACAAUCCGCCAUUAGCGGUUCAUUCUACUGGUGUUACAUACUGUCACAAGUAGUAGGUGGUGUGCUGACACAAUAUUUUGGCACGAAAGCUGUUUUCGGCGGUUCACAACUGAUCACUGCUAUCUGCAGUUUAUUGAUGCCUUCUGCAGCAGGAAUUCAUUAUGGAUUUAUGAUUGCGCUUCGCAGUAUACAGGGUGUCGCGAGUGGACUCACGUGGCCCGCGAUGUACGCCAUUGUCGGACACUGGAUCCCGCCAGUGGAGAGGUCACGUUUCAUGUCUUCCUUCCAAGGGUUCAGCUUUGGCAUCGGGUUAACCUAUCCACUGUGCGGAUUCAUCAUUGCUCACUUCGGAUGGAGAGCUGUCUUUUAUACUACCGGCAGCAUCGGUAUGAUCUGGUGCUUUUUCUGGUACUUCUUCGCCUUCGACACGCCGGCCUCUCAUCCCCGAAUAUCCCAGCAGGAGCUACGAUACAUUCAAGGCAGUGUAGGGAACCAAGUUAGAGACGAGAGCAUGCCAGUUCCAUGGAGGUUCAUUCUUACAUCCUGGCCAGCAUGGUCGAUCGGAAUAACUACGUUCGGCAGGAUCUGGGUGCAUUAUAUAUUCAUCAUCUCUGGACCAAUGUACAUGAAAACAGUUCUAGGAUUCAGCAUCCAAGCGAAUGGAGUACUGUCUGGUUUACCAUUCAUCUGUAGCUACUUCAGUUCUGUUGCAUUCUGCUAUAUAGCUGACGUUCUGAUCACACGACAGAUUUUGUCGUUGACGAAUGUCAGAAAGGUGUUCACCGCCUCUUCUCAAGUAGCUCCUGGUAUAAUGUUGGUGUUAAUUGGCUAUCUGGGUUGCGACAUAGUUCUCGUUUUAGUGGUCUGGUUCGUAGCCGUUACUCUUAUCACUGCUGCCUAUGCAGGAGCUAUGGCAAAUAUCGUCGAUAUAGCGCCAAAUUUUGCUGGACCAAUAUUGGCGUUUGCACAGACGAUUCAUAUGUCCGCCAGUUUCUUAUCUCCCAUCGUAGCUGGCCUCCUCACCCAAGAAAGCCAAGCCCUCGACGCAUGGAGGCAAGUAUUUGGGGUGACAGCUUGCGUCGCGUGCGCUACCUAUAUCGUCUAUCAAAUCUUCGGUACGGGCGAUGUCCAGCCGUGGAACUAUCCUGAUCAAAAGUAUCCGCAAUCGGUACAAGAAGAUUCUCAGCCCUUAAACGAAUCACCGCAAAAGAAUGGAAAAAUUGUCACAUCUCUGUCGAGCAUGUCCGAAGAAGCGUAACACGAUCGAUUUCUCUCGUUGAACGAAGAAGCGCAAGAAAGAAGAAGCGCACGGGUUACGUGACAGAUAUUACAAGUAUUUCUCCUUGGAUCUCGAGGAAGAGGCAAUCUAAAAUUAUAUAUACAUAUAUAUAUGUAUAAGUUGUCGACGCGAAAAUGUCUAUUUUUUUUUCUCUCUAUAUAUCUAUGUAAAUAGAGAUGAUAGUAUGUAAACGAGGAGGAGUUGAUAUAGCACUCAGGGUAAUAUAAGUAACGUUGUAACGUUUCAAAGAAUAUUUUUAUGAAGAUAGUCUCGGGUAACGAGCAAACGCUUCGUUUAUUCGCCAAUUCUUGCGUUUGAUAAACGUUUGUGAAACGAAGUGAAAGCACAAAAAAAAAAACAAAAAAUAACGAUCGAUUGCGUUCCAUUUCUCACGAUCCGAGACGAUUAUUUGUUCAUUUGCCGUCUCUGUGAUCAAACUUAUUUCUCUGUAUUUCCCAUCUAAUAGGGUGGGAUGGAUCUCGUAGAACAUGGAGCACCAAAGCAACAGUUUUCAAGGCUGCAACUUUUAACACGUUUUCUUUUUUCUCAAUCUCAGAAACAUCUCUUCGUGAAAUUCUAAAAAUUAGAAUCGAUAAAUUUGUUCAAUUUCGUUUAUUUUAAUUCGAAGAUUUUUCAACAAAAGACUGAUCGAUUUUUUUCUCCGUGAUAUAUAUCUCUCCCAAGUUUGGAAGCCGUUGCUCUUUGUGUUCUUUAUUUUUUCAAUAUCUCUCUAAUAUAAAUUAAUAAUUUAAAAAUGACUUAAUUCAUAGGAUUAAUUCACGAUUUUUCCCCCUUUUUUUUUUCAUUAUUACUAUCAUUGUUACGUGCUCUACAUUGUUUGUAAAAUUUAAUAAGCUAUUAUAAUUAAUUCUUCUUUCUACAAUUUUGCCGGUGACUUUAUUAACUUAUUAACUUAUUAAAUCGAUAUUUUAUCUACUUGUUAGAUGCGUAAGAAAGGAAAAGAGAAAAUCCAAAUACGCUGUAGAGUUAGAAGUAGUGAAAUUUAUAAGAUGAAGAGAAAAAGACAGAUAAAUUAUUAUAUAAGUAUACUACACUAAAAAUUGAUGCCUUAGUCACAAUUCUUUUUGAAUUCAAGAGAACACGUAAUACACUUACUUUAGUACUUAUAUUCUGCGAUAAAUAAGUCUCAUUGUUAUAUCAUUGUUAACAUUUACUAGUCAUGUUUCGUUGAAAAAAAUUGAAUAUUUAUAUACUAUAAUGUCCAAAAAAAAAAAAAAAAAAAAGAAAGAAAGAAAGAAACGUUACAUGAACAUUUCACAUAUGAAAAAAUUUUUCGUGAAUCAUCUAGAACUAGAAUUCAUUUUUUCAAUACAUUUCAUAAUUCCAUUCGUGUAAGUUAUAUUAGGAGACGAUGUUUUUUCAAGUAUUGUAAUUUUAAUUAUUUUUAUAUUGGCGUCGUUUAAAUAACGAUAAGUCAUGUUUUUUUUCUUCGUUUGUUAUUUAUAAGUAUAUAUUUUAAGGUACACACGGAUACUUAAUAGUAUGUACGUGUUGUUAUGCUAAAAAUUAUAUACAUAUAUUGCGCAAAACUAAAGAUGAAAUUAAUUAAAAAAUUAAAUAUUGCGCAAAAUUCAAGAUGAAAAUGAAAAUCUCUUGCGUAAAUAAUAUGUGUACAAAAUGAAUAUCUCUGCGCGCAUAAAGAGAAAGAUAAUAAUUUUUUCUUUCGUUUUAAAUCGAAUAAUUAUAUGUAUUUUCGUAUUUUUUUUUCUGUGCCAUCGAUGCGAUCUAAAAUUGUAAUUUCAGAAUUGUUUGUAAUUUCAAAUCGAAUGAAUACACUCAUAAGUAAAACGACAUUUGCGAUACGUCAAAUCUUAAUAAUAAAUCUCAAUGAUCAUGAGGCUAUCGACGAACUUUGAAGAUGUUUAUAAGCCAUGAUCAUUUUUCAAGCAAAUCGUUACAUUAUUUUGUAAUCGAAUCACCACUAUAAAAUCUAUGCCACAGAGUUCUUGAUACGAAUAUAUACAUAUAAGUAAAUGAAAAAAUAUAUGAUACACAUAUAAUUUCAGUAAAUGUAUAGCAUUAUUGAUUAUUAUACCUUGCACGCGUAUCGAUACAAAAUUUCUUCAUUUUAAUUUUACUUAAAAUUAUACUUUGUCACAAUUGUGCACAAUUUUUAUCAUCGAAUUAUAUUAAUACCAAUAAUUGUUUGCAUCAUGCAGAAAUUAUCAAAAGUUGAUCCUAAGAUAAAUCGAAUGAUACAAUGAUCUUUGAAUACACUUUGAAUAACGUCGUUGGAUUCGAGGAAUUAAUUUGUUUUUUUUUUUUUUUU